AUGGCCAGACGUGGAAAAAGCACCAGGAUUUACAGCGAUAAUGCAACAAAUUUCGUGGGCGUGCAGAAGGAGCUAAAGGCAUACCUAGAAGACAGUGAGAGGUAUAUGGCCAACGAAGGAGUUCAAUGGCAUUAUAAUCCACCAUCGGUGUCACACUUCGGUGGCCUUUUGGAAAAUUCUGUAAAAGGUACCAAGCAUCACCUAUAUCGGGUAAUCAAGAGUAGCCGGCUGAAUCUAGAGGAGUUGCUAACGUUGUUAUGCCAGAUUGAGGCAUGUGUCAACCCACGGCCUAUAACACCACUAAGUUGUGAUUCAGGAGAACCAAAUUCUCUCACAUUAGCUCACUUCUUCAUCAGAGGUCCACUGCUCCUACCACCUGAACCUGAAAUACUAAGUGAGAUAGUUAGCAAUCUCCGCCGCUGGAAACACGUUCAAGGAUUUAUGCAGAUAUUCUGGAGAUGCUGGCACAAGGAGUACCUCAGCCCCAGGUUCGAGGACAGUGGGUAA